AUGGAGUCCUGCAACUUCACGGGCGGUUCUGUUCCGUACUUCUGGCUUGUGGGCUUCCCCAGCCUUCAGGACCACCAGUUCCCCCUCUUCUUCGUCUUCCUCGCCUUCUACCUGCUCAUCCUUUCCAGCAACGUCACCAUCAUCGCGGCGGUGGCCACCGACCCCAAGCUCCACAAGCCCAUGUACUUUUUCCUGACCAACCUUUCCAUCCUAGACAUCUUGCUGACCACCAUCAUCAUUCCCCAAAUGCUGGCCAUGUUCUCGCUCAACGCCAGGUCCAUCUCCUCCAAGGGGUGCUUCCUGCAGAUGUACUUCUUCCACGGACUGGCGGUGACCGAGACCUUCCUCCUGGUGGCGAUGUCCUACGACCGCUACGAGGCCAUCUGCCACCCCUUGCACUACGCCGUCCGGAUGACCAGGCAGAAGAACGCGCAGCUGGCGGCCACAGCCUGGUUCUUCGGCCUGCUGGUCGCCAUCCCGCCGGUGGUCCAGUCGUCGCAGCUGACCUUUCGCAAGAGGCCCAGGGUCAACCACUGCUUCUGCGACCACCUGGCGGUGGUCCAGGCCGCGUGCCAAAAUGCCUACACCACUUUCCAGAGUUUUAUGGGCUUCACCAUUUCCAUGACCGUCGCCUUCGGCCCGCUGCUGCUCGUGGUCAUCUCCUACGCCUGCAUCAUGGUCUCGGUCUUGCAGAUCCGCUCCAAAGAAGGGCGCAGGAAGACCUUUUCCACGUGCUUUUCCCACCUGGUGGUGGUCAUCACGUAUUAUUCCUCCAUUGCUCUGGCUUUUCUCUCCUACCGGGUCGAGAUGUCCAGCGACGUCCACAUUCUGAGCGACAUGACUUUUUCCAUUUUAACCCCUUUGGUGAACCCUCUCAUUUACACGCUGAGGAACAGGGACAUCAAGAGGGCGGUGAGGCAGCUGGCCUCCUCCAAAGUCUUCUCCACGCAGAAGGAGAGGCUCUGUUUAGACCACGUUGAGACCAAGGAGAUAUAA